UUCCGGGUGUUGCACGAAAAGGUGCAACCUUCAGAAAAGUUCGUGUGCAACAUGUAAAACGGAACUAUUUACUACAGCACGCGAAAUCUUCGAUAUAUUUAAUCAUGGAACAGAAGUUAGCAGAGUUCAGAGCCCGAAAGAAAGUCGAGAAGCAAGCAUCGAAAAGCGAAAAUCCACCUGAAAGUUGUUGCUGCGAGACACAAACAGCUCCGAAUGACGCCACCAAGUCCACUGAGUCCAACACGACAGUAAAGGAGGAAAACAGAGACUGGCUGCUGGACAGCGCUGUUGGCCGCUGGCUUGGUGUGCAGCGUUUGGCGGUUACUAAUCUGACCUUGCUGAAGGUGUUACUCUGGCUUGUGUUGCUUGGUCUCUUCUCUGAGCUGGACUUUGGGCUUCCCUUCUUUGUCCUGUCUCUGUUUUACUGGCUUUAUGAAGGUCUACGGAGUCCAGUGGCGAGAAAGCCUGGUGAGCUGAGUGCCUAUUCGGUGUUUAACCCCAACUGUCAGCCCAUCCUCGGCACACUCACUGCAGAACAGCUGGAGGGAGAGAUGGGUUACAGACCACUAAACAACAGAGUGAAUACAUAACACACUACCAAAAAACUCUCAGACUGGCUUUAAAACAAACACUGCUGAAGUUUAUAUCGCCCUACAGAAACAUGUAACAUAUUUUACAUGUGCUGAACACCGCACAUUCAUGGACUUUAUGCACACAUAUAACACUCGCAUUUUAAGCACAAGGCCACGAGUAACAGGAAAUGAACAGAGAGCUUAUAAACAAGGACAGAAAUGAAGAGCUCAUUUGUAUCAGCUGGGAUUCUGUACAAAACAUUCUUAAAAAAGGUUAAUGUAACCAAGUUAGAUUGGUGUAUACAUAGCAGCAGUCUUUAACAAAACACAGGCUAGAAGUUUAUAGAAGAUAAAACCCACUUAUGCAUAAAUUUUUCUUGUCUAAUUGUUACUUUUCUUUAAAGGUAAAAAAUAAAAUAAAAUGUUGAGAUAUAA